AUGGCCAAUGAGACGUUGGCUCGCAUGUAUGCCGUCAGCCCAAUGKAUCAGCACCGAUUCCACCUACGACUGUUGCUGCUUCAUCGUAGAGGCCCACAGUCUUUCCAAGACAUAAGGACGGUCGACGGGAUCGUACAUGAGACGUAUGGGGCUGCGGCAAUCGCUCUGGGACUCAUAGAAGACGACCACGCAUGGCAUGCGUGCAUGGAAGAGUCUGCGGCGUUGGAUACUCCCCUGCAACUUCGGUAUCUCUUCGUCAUGAUACUGGUGCACUGCCAUCCAGCGGAACCGCUGAGGUUGCACACGAGCAACGAGGAGAGCAUGAUGGAAGACUUCAAUCGCCGUUUGCAAGACGUUGACCGCGCGAGGGCGGCGACUCUGAACGCCAUUGGAGACCUUCUUCGGGUACACGGAAAAACGUUCGGCGAUUACGGUUUUCCCAACCCGGACGUCCGUCUACUGGAACCGGAACAGGAUGAUCAACUGUUCGGUGUAAUAGACGCGGUGGCUCGCUGGGCACAACGAGUGACCGACAUGAACAACGAACAGAGAAUAGUGUUUGACCGCGUCAUGGCGGCAGUCGACGACAACCGAGACGUGGCAAAAACAUUCUACGUCGACGGACCCGGAAGUACCGGUAAGACGACGCUUUACGGUUGCCUCAUAUGGACGCUCCGCAAUCAAGGACGAUCCGUAUUGUGUGUGGCAUACACAGGGAUAGCCGCGUCGCUAAUGGACGGUGGCAUGACUGUGCACUCAACAUUCGGAUUGCCGUUUGGAACGCUGACCGACGACGACACAUCCAACAUCACCAUGCAGUCCUUGCGCGCGCAGAGGAUACGCGAGGCGGCACUCAUCGUCUGGGAUGAAUCAUCAAUGUCGCCGGGAACACAGCUCACGAUCGUCGAUGCUCAGCUCAGGGAUGUCAUGGGAUCACAAACACCGUUUGGCGGUAAACCGAUCCUGUUCGCGGGUGACUUCAGGCAGAUAUUGCCCGUCGUGAGAAGGGGGACAAGAAGUUCCAUCGUCCUGGCGUCAAUCAAACAAAACUCUUUGUGGAGGAACACGGAAAAGUUUGAACUGACGCAAAACAUGCGCGCCGGCAACGACCGGGACUUCGCGGAUUGGUUGCUAUUGCUCGGCAACGGUCAACUGCUCGAGGUCGACGGUAUUCAGGACACGGCCAACAUCCCCAGGGAAAUGGUAUGUAAUAUUGACGAUUUUGUUGAUUUUGUUUACCCGCAGCAAAUGUCGUUGGCUAACGUCGACGGCUUUGCUCGGAAAAUUGUUCUUUGUCCCAAAAACGAGGAAUGCCGUCAAAUAAAUCACCAAGUGUUACAACGUGUUGUGGGAGUCGAAAGGACCUACCAUGCCAUAGACACGGUGGUGGCCGACGACCUCAACGAGGCCGCCAACUAUCCGACCGAGUUCCUCAACUCUCUAGAACUGAAUGGACUACCACCGUACACAUUGACCCUCAGGGUCGGUGCUAUAGUUAUGUUGCUAAGGAAUCUCGAUUCAAGGAGACGAUUGUGUAAUGGCACGAGGCUGGUGGUCACCGAACUUAGGCAAAACAACUUCAAGGCGAAGAUGUUGUCUGGUGGUGACCAGUGGUGA